AUGGGCAAGGUCGCCGCCGCUGUUUCCGCGGCUCUGCUGCUCGCCGGCAAUGCUGCUGCUCUCGACCCUAUCGUCAUGAAGGGCUCCAAGUUCUUCUACGAGAACGGUACCCAGUUCUACAUGAAGGGUAUUGCCUACCAGCAGGACACCGCCGCCGCCGGUGGUGAGUCCAAGACUGGCGAGUACGCCGACCCCCUCGCAGACGAGACUGCUUGCAAGCGUGACGUUCCCAUCAUGGUCAAGGCCGGCACCAACACCAUCCGAACCUACGCCAUUGACCCCAAGAACGACCACGACGCCUGCAUGAAGCUCCUCAGCGACGCCGGCAUCUACGUCGUCUCUGACUUGGGUGAGCCCAAGCUGUCCAUCAACCGUGACAACGCCCAGUGGAAUACCGAGCUCCUCGACCGCUACACCGCCGUCAUCGACUCCCUCGCCAAGUACGACAACACCAUCGGUUUCUUCGCCGGUAACGAGGUCUCCAACAACAAGACCAACACCGAGGCAUCCGCCUUCGUCAAGGCUGCCGUCCGUGACUCCAAGAAGCACAUCAAGGACAAGGGCUACCGCUGGAUGGGUGUCGGCUACGCCGCCAACGACGACGCCGAAAUCCGCACCAACUCGGCCCACUACUUCAACUGCGGUGCUGAGGAGACUGCCAUUGACUUCUGGGGUUACAACAUCUACUCGUGGUGCGGUAAGAACACCCUCGCCGGUGCCGGUUACACCACCCAGAUCGACUUCUUCAAGAACUACUCCGUCCCCGUCUUCUUCGCCGAGUACGGCUGCAACAUCCCCGACGGUGCCGAUGGCCGUAUCUUCCAGGAGACCACUGCUCUGUACCAAAAGGAGAUGACCGAUGUCUUCUCUGGCGGUAUCGUCUACAUGUACCACCAGGAGGCCAACGACUACGGUCUCGUUGAGAUCAACAAGGGCGUCGCUACCCCCAUGAAGAACUACGACCGGCUCGCUGCCCGUGUUCUUGCCGCCACCCCCGACGCCGUCCAGAUGGACUCCUACCAGCCCACCAACAAGGCCGCCGAGUGCCCCGGCACCUCCUCCACCUGGGAGGUUCACGGCGAGGCCCUUCCCCCCACCCCUGACAGCUCCCUCUGCGACUGCAUGGUU